AUGCAAAGUAACGCGCCAUCUGUUAAGCGUAUAACUGUCUCUAAGCCACUGCUGAAGACCGGAUGCACGUUGGGCGAAAGUCCUCUGUUCGACCCCGCAACCUCUACGCUGCAUUUCGUGGACAUCGAGGAGCGUAAAGUGAGCCGCUCCUUUGUUCUGGCACGUCAAGUACUCAAUGUUUCAUACCCGAAGGUAUUCCAUCUGAAGACGGUGACCAUGGACAUCUCAGAAGAAGUGUUUCCUGAGAAGAUCACAUGCCUUGCCUUACGAAAGUCUGGUGCCGGUCUAGCCUGCGCCACUGCCUCCGGCGUAGCUUUGCUCGCAGACUCACAGUUAAAGUGUAUAUGUCAAGCGAUACCAGAAGAACACCGGCCAUUCACCAGAUUGAACGAUGGUGCCUGUGAUAGCCAAGGAAGGUUCUUCGUAGGAUCUCUAUAUAACAAAGACGCGGGCAUUCCUGGGAUGUUAUACCGAAUAGACCCUUCAAACGGAAGUGUCGUCGUCGUAGACGAGGGCCCUUUCACCGAUUCGAACGGACUAGGGUGGAGCCCGGACGGAAAGAUAUUAUACUUUACGGACUCGUUCGAGAAUAUCAUAUACGCCUACGACUACGACGUGUCCACUGGCUCGGUCACCAACCGACGGGUGUUUAUCGACGCAAUAGCAGAAGGCCUUAGGAAGGGUUCAUUUUGUGACGGGUUUUGCAUAGACACAGAAGGCUGUAUCUGGAGUGCACGAUGGGGCGGUUCGUCCAUCGCUAGGUUCACGAUGGAAGGCAAGCUCGACUUGCUGGUCGACUUCCCCACCGUAUACCAUGUCACCGCGUGUACGUUUGGAGGGCCAGAUAUGGACAAGCUUUACGUGACCACGGCGCAUUGUGGUGCGAUAACUGGGGAUAGAGAAGGUCUUCAGGCGCGGUUUCCGGAUUCGGGGCAUCUGUUUGUGGUUGAUUUGAAAGGACAGUUCAAGGGAGCAGAAUGGAGGCAUCGGAUGAACGUGUAA